GGAGUGGUUGUAUCAACGUGUAAUAUCAGUUGUUGAAAUUUAUCUUUUUUUUUUUUUUUAUUUAUGUUUGACCGAGAUCGGGGAAAGGAUAUUAGUUGUAACAAUUUGUGGAGUAAAAGUUAUAGUUCGUUGAAACGAAAUGAUAAUUUGAAAGGUGAGUCAGUGCGAUGUAAUUGAUGAGAAUCGAGGUGAUUAUGCGACGGAUGAGGGAAAACGCAGCGUGUGGAUGCGGUGAAAUGAUUGCCUCGAUGUGUUGCAAUUGUUCCAAGUGUUUCGGACGUGUGCGGUAUUUGUUGAAUUUAUCGUGAUUGUGGAAUCGUUUUUUUAACGUCGAAAUGCAGUUUCGUGGAAGUUAGAAGAAGAGGGGGAUAGAUAAAACGGUAAAAAUACGCAAGAUUAAACCAACGCCUACGACAGUGCGGAGUAAUAUUCUUGAAUCACGUUUUCCGUUUCUUUUUUUUUAUUUUUUUUCUCUUUUAUUUUCCUUCGCAAUUUCAACGGUGAAACCUGUCGGAUUGCGAAUAAAUCUCAACCUGCUGAAAAGUGAUUUUCGGUGCAACGUGUUAGAUAUAAUAAGAAUAAUAAUAGUGAUACACAAUGAAUAGCCGAAGCCAUCGUAGCGGAUUUAUUUCACCAUCUCUAAGACGCUGCGUAUAAAAAGUACGCCGACGAGGAGUAUGGAGGAGCUUGAGACGCUGGAAGGUACGGAUUGCCCCGAGUGUCCAGGACCUCCACCUGAAUUCCGGCUUCCACCACCGCCUCGGCCACCAUUUCUAACCGAGGGAACAUUUUGCUCCGAGGCGCCACUCGCCGAAAUCGAGGAUUGCGUCGCGAUUCCGAUGAUAGAUGCCUCCUACCACACAAAUCCGUCGCUCCAAAGCACGGCGCUGAUAAUCACGAGCGCCGUCAUCCUGCUGCUAAUGGCCGCAAUAAUUUCCGUGGUAUUUUGGAAGCAUAAACGAAAAGUCCAGAACCUUCUGCCGUGCAAGAGCGCAGGAGGAGUCGCGGCGGCUUCGUCGGGGGCGUCGGGGGUCAGGGGUCGAGGCGUGGGGGUCCUUGGGGACGGUCAGCAGCACGCGGGGGGUGGUUCGGUGCUGUACGAGGACCUGCCGGACGCGGUAUCGUCGGGGGUCCGAAGCCACUUUGGCAGUCUCCACCAGCAACAGCAGCAACAGCAGCAGCAGCAGCAUCAGCAACGCCUUCAGCAACAGCAGCAACAGCAGCAACAGCAACAGCAGCACCAAUCGGGGAACCACGCGCAGCACCUUCAGGCCCCGGGCCAUCAUCAUCUCCAGCAGCUGAUGCCGGGUCACCGGGCGAGCCAGCCAACGAUCGAGAUGCUGGACGUCCAAGAUGGCGGUAGAGGCGUCUUCGUCUGCAGCAGCCCGUCGGGAUCCGACCUCUACAAGAACUCCCAGGACUCGUACAACCCCGUCUACGAGGAACUGGCAAACGGUGAUAUCCACCCGGAUACCGAUGACGAGAACGAGCCGAGUGCGAGGACCAGGUUAACGAAUCAUCGGCGCGUUCACGCCAGCUCGAAGGCUGCUAGCGAGGACGAAUUUGCCGAGGACGAAUUGUCCGUCGGGGAACCAUCCGAGGCCAGAAUGCUGACCACUGGCGCUCCAGCCUGGGGCACGUGCCCUGCAGCUCCGAAACCCCCCAAAGGCAGAAGAGGCAGGAGUCCGAGGAGCCUUGACAGGCGCAGAAAGGACAAGGCUCAGGACGUCGGCGAAUUUCACGAGGGAAUGCUCCUCGAUGCGCUCUUACAGCUCUAUCCGAGCGUCGCGGGAGUCGCUGGUUCGAGGCCGUCGAACGGCCAGCGCCAGCAGCAGUCCGUCCCAUCGGUGGCGCACCGGCUGCCGUACUUCGUGCCGCAGCUUCCGGCGGCCCAGGUUUUGAAGGUCGAGGAAAAUCCGUACGAAACGGUCCCCGUCCUGGGCCCGUUACACCGGUACACGACGCUGGGUCGGAGUGGGGGCCGGCAGCAGGACAGGGGGGUGAAGUGCCCUCGGUACAGCUCCGAGUACUACGGCCUGCAGAACCAGGAGGUACUGCCGGGGGCCGGGGGCCCGGUAUACACGCAGGUGGGGGGCGGAUACUCGGACUACUCUCAGCCGACGGACAGGCUCUACCUCGAGGAGAAGUACGCUCAGCCGGUGUACUACACCCCUAGGGAACCGGACCACGUCUCCUCCGGUCGGCUUUACCAGGGUCAGCCGGACAGCAGCUUCGGCAGUGACAGCGGCUACAGUCAUCACACCUCCGGGACGACGGGGACGACGGGAACCCGCGGGAGCAGCUCCCGGGUGAAUCACAGGAAGGACAAACAGCACAGGAACUCCCAUCACUCGAUCGACUACGUUGUUUCGUAAGGAACGUUUCGCCUGCGAAGUGACGAGGGUCCCGCUUUCCGGAAAUAGCAUUGUUAUCUCAUAUCGUUUGUUGUUGCAAACUCGGAUUACCGGUAUCCGAGGUGGCGCACCUGCGUGAAAAAAAGCCACUCCAACUGGCUCGUAUUUAAUGAGCCAUCGUAUCGUAAAUCGUAAUAAAUAUCGAUUUUUACACGAUAUUUUACACGGUAUCAACUGUUUUUGAUGAAAUUAUAGUCUCGCAGCUCGCACGAGGUAUUCUAAUGCACGACGUCGGUGAUAUUAGACUGAAACGAUCAGCUGACCGCUCGGCGCGACGCCAUAUUUCUCGUAUUUUAAAUCCCAAUACAAGGAGUCCGUGAGUAAAGAAGAUUCUAGAAAACGGUUGCGUAUUUCUACCCCAAUUUAUCUGCACUUGGUUUGACUCGAAAUAUUUGAGUGAAAAAUAAACACACACACGUAAAGACACUCUGUAGUCACGCGACGAUUGACCAGAACUAGUAUAAUUGCAUGUAUAAUUCGUAAUGUAAGAUAAGAUGUACAGGUAGAUACGGAGUUGGAAUACGCGAGCCUGUGCGCAAUGAGGUUGUAAUAAUUAUGCAACAUUAUAUCGACGAGUGAGGAUAAUUUUAAGUGCAUUGUAUAAAUCAAAGAACGUAAAAUCCAAAGACGGGUUUAGCAACGCCCCAUCCAUACCUUUGUAAUGUAAAUAUAUUUUUUUCCUCGUAGAAAAUUAGCAUAGCGCUGUACCAUAUCGUUGUCGGUAACCAAUAUAUUAUACAUAAACGAAUAAAAUAUAGGAUAACAUACAACGCGCAGACACAAACAAGAGAGAAAUCAUGAAAUUUAAUAUAUUAUAUAUUUAAAUAUGUAUAAGAAAUAAAUAUAGUUUGUACUAAUUUUUCAAUAUAAUUCACACCAGUAUACAUAUACACAUUGUAUAAUGCAAAGUAUUUCUAACGACGAGCAGAGACACGCUGCGUAUAAUUUCAGAAGUGAACCAUAGCGGCGGUACGUGUAUCGGGUAAUUCCACAAGCUAAAUUCAGCGUGUUUAGUGAAGUCUUUGAGAGUAAAAUCACGCUUGGACGAUUCUUGCCAUUAUUUACUGUGACGUGAAAUAGCUUUUGGUAGAUAAUGCGUAUUAGAACUGAUCGCACAGCUGAAAUAAAAUCGCAGGCGUACCAGUUGCAGCCAUGUUGAUUUCGCGUUCACGGCUGCGUCGAAUGUUUCACAAACUUUGUUACAACUGACGAUGAGCGGGUAUAAUUACCUAGAGUCACGAACAUGGUUCACUCUGUUAUCAAUUUACCGUUACACGUCGACCUAGGUUUUAAUGAUCAUAUAAAAUGUCGUACAGCGACGAGGCGGAGAUCUCAAAUGAUAUGUGAUCCUGUAAUAUCCCCGAUAGCAAACUCGAAUACAUAUACCUUAAAUAACUAUACUUAAUAUACAUAUAGAUCGAUUACCUCGAAACGUAUAAUUAUAUAUUGAACUCUAUUGUAAAUAAAUUUUUCUACGUGCCCAUGCAGCUACUGUGGUAGUAAUGCACUCCAUACCCAAGUCAGGUAAUUCAAAUACCUAUAUUAUAUACGGUGGUUCGCUAAUUCGCCGUUGUAAAUAAAAUUAGUUAUGCAUAUUGUACGAUCCGCGUAGAGUUAUGACACAAUUAUUCAUACACUUGCAUAAUUUUAGGCUUUCUCUUGUUGCUGUUUUUUAUUAGCAUGUUUGUUUGAAACGCAAUUAUUUUUACAAGGUGAUAAAUAAUAUUUAAUUUAUUUUUUAUUUAUUUACCAUGAUCCGGUAUCUCAUACCGUUUAAUUUCAGUACGCGGAUUUCUUACAGGCCGCGGCUCUGAUGUGUGUACUUACAUACGUACGUUAUUUACCUAAUAGUUGAAAUGAAUCUAUUUACUGUUUUAUGGCAUCAAGAAUUCUACACGUGAGAAUAAUUAUAUCCGCGGUCACAGUCUUGAGAUUCCUCCGGGAUUUCAAGGAUUUCAUUAAUACGUUAUUCGAUUACUGUUUAACCGCGUUCGACUUGCAAACUUUACAUACCUACUUGUAAAUGACGAUUACAAAAAGAUAAUUGAAGACAAUGUUUCUGCGUAUUUUAUCAUCAAAACACGUCAGACAAAAACGAAUGUUUCGCAUUUGUAUCAUACAAUUAUCGUUGUACUUAAAUACUUCGAAAGGUAGCGAAAAAAAAACGCUUUUUUUGUAAAUCUUGCGUCCAUGUUGAAUAAUUUCUAUUUAUUACAGUAUAAUUAUGUAGAUAAACUUAUUUAUACGCGUGUUCGUGUCCAUGCAAUGGUACCUACGCCCCUUAUUCUUCAACGAAGGAACUAAUUUCGAAAUGAUAAUCCCAAAUUAGAAAAAUAAAACUCAUUGUCGAUAGAUUUAAAAAAAAAAAAAAACGACAACACGACAAAAUCACGCAAUAAUUUAUAUUCCUCUUGCGUCUUCGGUUCCUAUAAAUUCCGUGCAUCAUAUACGUAUGAAAAUAUAAUAGAAUUUUUUUAACCUGCUCAUAAGGCUUCGAUUCCGCAGAUCAACAUGCCUAUAUAUUUAGCAAUUCCAAAUUGCCGAUCCGUACAGGCUAACACACGUCAUUAUAUGCUAAUAAUUAAUUGUACAUACAUGACGCAAAAUUUUUUUAAUCUGCCAAUAAUCAAACACGCAUCUGUUUAAUAUUUGAACACGCGCAAACCGUGAAUAGCAUAAUGAGGCUGAUUUUGUUUUCUAUCGUAGUCAGAAUAAUUAGUAAUAUUAUCGUUAUUAUUAUCCUGCUCAUUACGUCUAUUAUUUAUAUUAACUAUUAGCUAUUAUUAUUAUUAUUAUUAUUAUUAUUAUUUAUUACUCGUGAGAGACUAAUAAACGUUAUACGAAAAUUGUUUUUAUUUCUUUUGAAAUUUGAGGGUAAAAAUAUAAUCCCGCAUUUAUACAAUGAGCCCUAGACUUAGAUAGAGAACAAUAAAUAAAAUAAAUCUCAUAAAAUUAUCAUUGUCAGUAUUUUAAUUUUAAUUAUCAUUAUUAUUAUUAUUAUUAUUAUUAUUAUCAUUAUUAUUAUUAUAUAGUAUAUACACUAGAGUACCUUGAGAACCUGCGGCAGUACCGUAAUUAGCACUCUUGAAAGUUACGUAAUUAGCUUCGCACACACGGCCGCUCCUAUAUGCCCAAUAAUCAUAUCGCGAUAGUUGUACGAAAUUAGGAGAAGGGAAGAAAAUAAAUGAGAAAAAAAUAAAUAAACAAAUAAAUAAAUUGAAAUAACGAAAAGGAAGAUAAGCGAAAAUAAGGUCCCGACGACGAUUCUCAUGAAAUUAUUAAUGUAUACACAUCUAUAAUAUAUAAUUGUUACAGGUAUAAUACGUAUGUAUAGAGAAAUUCUGACUAUUAAUAAUUAAUUAAUAACGAAGAGCUCAAUAUAUAUAUAUAUAUAUAUAAAUAUAUAUAUAUAAAUAUAGACAUAAUGUAUAGCGUAUACACGUCACGGUAUACUCUAUUAGGUAUUCAACAACAAUAACAAUAAUAAUAAUAAUAAUAAUAAUAAUGACAAUUAAUUAAGAAACAACGGUGCGAUGGAAGAGAUUUUGCGUAAAACCCAGCUCGCCGAACAGGGUAACUAGUUCUAACAUCGGUCUCUUAAAUAUAUGUUAUAAUCAUAUAAACUAUCACAUAAUGAUGAUGAUGAUGAUGAUGAUGAUGAUGAUGAUGAUGAUGAUGAUGAUGAUGAUGAUAAUAAUAAGAACAAUAUACUUUUCACCGCAUCAACUAUUCCUAUAUAAUUGUUAUAUGCAAACGCUAUAGGCAUACACAUUAUUAUAUACGUAACGGCGCCGUUUUAAAAUCCCGUGCCACAUACAGCGUUACAUUACUGUAUAUAACGUAUGUGUAUGAAGUUGCGACUUAAAAUCACAAAUAUCACUUAAAAUAACAAUUAGAUAACUCUAUCACGACUUCGUACUAAUAAACAAUUUACUACUCAAUUACUAUAUUGUGUCCCUUAUCUUAACUAUAAUGUCCUUCUAUUUCUUACAAUGUGACAGUAUUGUUUGUUAAUUUGUUUCGCUCCGUAGUAGGAGAAAAAAAUAAAAUAAAAAAUACAAAAGUAAAGUAAACAAAUAAA